GAAUUUCUCAUACUCGUGUUUACAACCGGUGACUGUAACCUCAUAACCCUUCUAUGUUGCAACUCCUUUCUUUUCCUGAUCAAUCUACAGAUAUUUUAGGUUUUAAUUUUCGAUCAAGUAAAAAAGUUGUUCAAUAUUCCUCUCAUCAGAAGAGAUUGGAAAUGUCUGACAGAAAAAUGACGAAGGAUGAGGGAGGAAUGGGGCGGAGACCUCAUGUUUUACUCACCAAGAAUGAUCAUGAUAAUGAAAAACCUCCUACUAUCAUACUACGGACAAGGGAAGGUGAAAACCGUGCUGUGUCUCCUAGUCAAACAAGAACGCCAACAGUCUUAAAGAAAGAAAGCACUGACACUUCAAGUCAACCAUCGUAUCAGUUAGCCUACAAAAAUUCUGCCCCACAAGCACCUAAUCCCUUAGCACCUUCUCCUAAAAUGAAGUCUUGCGUAAAACUUGUUGAUGAAACUAUGCAAUUCUGUGAAGUACCCACAGAAUAUUUUAUGGACCAAAAUGACUUUUUAGUUGUGGGAAUUUUAGGCCAACAGUCUGUUGGUAAAUCUACUGUCAUGUCUCAACUAGCAUCGGGAAAUCCUAGUCAACUUGUAAAGGAUAUGUGUUUUAAGCCUCAAGAUUACGACCAGGCCAUGGCAGCAUCUCAUUGUACUUCAGGAAUUGAUCUGUAUGUUACUUCAAACCGUAUGCUUCUUCUUGACACCCAACCUUUGAUGUCAGCAUCUGUUUUUGAGAGGAUUUCAAAUUUGGAUAUAUCUGCCAAUACAACAGCACCAAGUGCAAAGAAAUAUCAGAGCACAUCCACUCAGUCCUCAAGUUCUGGACCUAGUAUUGGUGAUGUUGGCUUAUUGACCAAUAUGGAUGGGGCACUAGAAAUACAUUCCCUGCAAAUGGCUGCUUUUAUACUCUCUGUAUGCCAUGUUGUAAUCCUAGCACAAGAUUGGUUUUUUGAUCCAGAUAUGAUAAGAUUAUUACAAUCUGCCGAAAUGUUAAAACCUCCAACACCAACAACUGCUGCAGAUGAAACACUAGUUGAGUAUUUCCCACAUCUAUUUCUUCUUCACAAUCAGUGCAAGCCAUCGGAGUUUACUCCUGAACAUAUUAAAAUGAUGCAAUCAAUUUAUAGAGAUUCGUUUCUUAAAUCCAAGCUGGAAUUAAAAAGUGGAGUGGGGGUUGGAAUGGGUGGAAUUAUUGAUUUUGUAGAUUCAGAAUCAUGUGGUGAAGCUAUCAAUUUAUUUCUUUUACCAGACACAGAUGAAGAAGAAAUUCAUAAGUUUUGCGGACACCCUGGAUAUGGUGAACUGCUUCUCAAGAUGAGACAGCAUAUUUUAGGAGUUGUUAAAAAACCUCUAAGACACCAUCCACUAUCAGAAAAGAAUUGGUAUGUGAAAUUGUAUGCGUUUUUUACCUAGUUGAAGUUACAUUGGUUUCCAGUUCACCAAAAAGUAUUUGUUUUGUUGACAGGCUCCUGUAUGCAUCUAAUGUUUGGGAUGGUAUCAGAAAAAGUCCAUUCUUCCACGAGUACAGUCAUUUUUUGCCCUGACAACACCAGAAAAUAUUUUCCCA